AUGGCUUCUAGACUGCACUUCGAUGUUGAGGUGGGGACUGUGGAGCUGUCGUUAUUUCUUCGUCUCUUGAUUUUCCUUGGAAUCUUUCGUCUGUUUAUGUUUGGGCUGUUGUUUCUCUCUUUCUAUGUCUUGGUUGAGAAUCAGCGGCAUAAAGUGAAAGCAUCCUAUGAGAAGAUGGAGCCCAAAGCAGUAGAACUGCUAGAUGUUUUAAGAAAUAUGAACUUGGCAAUUGACGCCAAGGUCAGUCUUCUUAACUCAAUGAAAUCCGACAUCAACCAAAAAUGUGUCCCGGAGAACGCUAUUGCACCGAUCUGGAAACAUUUAGCGCCCUGCGCUGAACAAACGCAAGUACGGGCACUGGACAUUGAAAGUGAAGAUAAUCAAAAAACGCCUUCCAACAAUGCUGUCUUAUAA